CUCACAACGCAUUUGCCAGGCCGGGUCACUUCCUCUUCCUCUCUGGAAGUGACGUGUUAUGGAGAGCCGCUAGGGCCAGACAGAGACAGCUCAGCAUUAGCAGCAGUUCCGCUUGCUUCGGAUUUUGUCCCCGGGCACCGCUACAUCUGACAGCCGCUCUCCGCGUUCUGCUCGCUGCGGUCACCAUGAACACCGCACUGUCCCGGGCCAACUCCCUGUUCGCCUUCUCGCUGAGUGUUAUGGCCGCGCUCACCUUCGGCUGCUUCAUCACCACCGCCUUCAAAGACCGGAUGGUGCCUGUGAACAUCCAUGUGUCCCGGGUGACUCUAGAGAAUGUUGAAGAUUUUACUGGUCCCAGAGAAAGGAGCGACCUCGGAUUUAUCAUAUUUGAUUUAAAUGCCGAUUUGCAGCCAAUAUUUGAUUGGAAUGUUAAGCAACUAUUCAUAUACCUAUCAGCGGAAUAUUCCACCAAGAGCAAUGCUUUGAAUCAAGUUGUGCUAUGGGACAAGAUCAUUCUCCGGGGCGAUAACCCAAAGUUGUCUUUAAAAGAGAUGAAAUCAAAGUAUUUUUUCUUUGACGAUGGAAACGGUCUGAAGGGCAACAGGAACAUUACACUCACCCUGUCGUGGAACGUUGUCCCAAAUGCUGGCAUCCUACCUCUGGUCACAGGGUCAGGGCACAUUUCUAUUCCAUUCCCUGAUACCUACAAAACCACAAUGAGCUAUUAAAUUAUUGAAAUGUUUGCUACGUUGAAUUUUUUAUAUAUAUGUAUGUUCCUGUACAUCUUGAAGUUAUCCUGCCUACUUUCCUACCAAAAGAAAGACGUUCUAAUUACAAAUACAAAUCCGUACUUGGCAAUAAAACAUUUUAUUUAAAAAAUGUGAUGCCCGUGUAGGUAAGAAGACCCUUGUACAUACUGCGGAAAAGCCACAACUUUUAUUUUUUUAUUUUGAGCAGUUCUGUGUGUUGUCUCCCCAAUUGUGGGGAGAGGAGCCAUUGUAUCCACCGGUUCUAAGCAAUGCAAGCGUUUUCUUUUUUUGGUAACGGCUGAGCCUUCUGUUUAUGGAAUAAAUGUGGUGGAUGUUCUGUUUUUUUUUUUUUUUUUAUUAUUAUUUUUUUAAAUUAGGAUAUUCAUUCUAGGAAUACAUUAUGCUGUCAUCAAUAGACCAAUAUGAACAGUUCCAACACUGUUUUGAAAUAAAAGUAUCCAACGUGGUGUACGAGAGACAAA